AUGUAUCAACCUCAAUACAUUACCCUCUCCGAGCUCGAGCUUUCAAACACCUCGACUCAACACUUCAUCCCUGGUCCUAAAGACUACGCAGAAGCCGGUCUUCAACAGGUAACUGACUUCCCCUCCGAGAGCGCCAACAUGGUAUAUUCAAGCUAUCCCGACCCAGAGACCCUGGCUGAGGGUCCUCAACUCCCAUACUUUCAUCUCCCAACCCUUACCAUUCCACCUCAAUCCCCCUCAGCAGGCGACUACCCAGAAUCCCUCGCUCUCUCCCCCACCCUUCCAAGUACCUCAAUCCCCUCCCUCCUCAUAACCCCACCAACAUCCUCUCAACCCCAACNCCAGAAUCCCUCGCUCUCUCCCCCACCCUUCCAAGUACCUCAAUCCCCUCCCUCCUCAUAACCCCACCAACAUCCUCUCAACCCCAACCCCGCCCCCUCCGCACCAUCAAACGCUCACCCCUCUGCACCUGCGGCUGCGCCAGCUACCUGCGGGCCGAGCUCCUCCGCGCGCACGCCGUGACACGUUGGGAAUCCAUGGGGUUGAUCUCGGGGCCCAUCGCCGCACUCUUCCGGCAUGGGCAUCCAAGAAAGUCCCCGGGCGUCGGGGGAUGCACGAGUGUCUCUGCGGAUGCGGAGAGCGGUUCACGCGGUUCAGGAUGGUGAAGCAUCUUAUUGCGCAGCUGAAUGAGCAGGGGAAGUUGUUGCCGCUUGAGUGGGAGGUUUCUGAGGAGAAGCGGGUGAAUGCUAAGAAGAAUUUGGCGAUGAUGCUUAGACAUCAUGAGAAGUUUGGGCAGGUUGCGAAGAGUGGGCCGCAUCGGAAGAAGACGGGGUUGUUUUAG